AUGCCCGCAGAGAAGCGCAACAAGUUUCUUGACGCCGACGAAAGCGACGAGGACAUUGGCGGCUACGAGUCUGAAGAGGAACUUCGUAAAGGCAACGCCAAGAGGCGGCGAGUAGAGACGGACGAUGGAAGCGACGCGGAAGACGAUGUAGCAAGCAUAGAUGAGCAAGAAGAUGACCCGCGGUUCCUGUUGGAUGACGAAGCUUCUGUGGGAGAAGCUGGCUCCGACGACGAUGCCCCCAAAACACGAGACUCGAAACUUGGCGAGCUACCCGACGUUUCCAGACCUUUGCUCAAGAAAAACCUCGUAGCGUCUGAGGCCGCCAUCAAGAAGUCUGGCGUAGUCUAUAUCUCUAGAGUUCCUCCAUUCAUGAAGCCGCAGAAGUUGCGCUCAUUGUUAGAACCAUACGGAACCAUCAACCGCAUAUUCUUGUCACCAGAAGACCCCGAAGCACACAAGAGGCGUGUUCGAAACGGGGGCAACAAAAAGAAAUCCUUCACAGACGGCUGGGUCGAGUUCGUCAAGAAGAAGGAUGCCAAGGCAGCCGUAGACUUGCUGAGAGGUCGCCCGAUAGGCGGAAAGAAAGGCAGCUAUUAUCGAGACGACAUGUGGUCUCUGUCAUACUUGAAAGGAUUCAAAUGGCACAACCUCACCGAGCAGAUUACUGCUGAAGCCGCCGAAAAGGCCAACAGAAUGAGGGCAGAGAUCUCGCGAUCCACUAAAGAGAACAAGGAGUUUGUUCAGAACGUCGAGAGGGCAAAGAUGCUUGGUGGAAUAGAGUCCAAGAAGAAGGACAAGCAAAAGGAAGCCCCCGUCAAGCCCCUGGAGUCCCAGAGACAAUUCAAAUUCGAACAGGCUGCAAUAGCAAAGAAGGGACCGGAAAAGUUGUCCGAGGGCUCGAAACGUGUUGCCAGUAUGCUUUUCUGA